ACACACCCAACUCAAGGCAGAGGUUUUUAAUCACAGGAAUCCUCCUAAGGUUCUCAAUCGGAGACCUUUCAAUAACUCCCCAAACGGACGGAACUCAUCCAACUCAAGCCAGAGGAUUUUUGUUGAAGAUGAUGGACCACUACAACUCUUCCACCCUCCUUGGCAGACAAGAAAUUUGAGAGCCUCAUUCCAAUUGGGUAAAAUAGUUUUCAAUCUCUUCCACUCAUAUCUCAACCAAACUUUCUGUUUGGCAGGAGAGGGUAAAAAUAAUAGUAUAAUUUGGUUAAACUCUGAUCUAUUCAAUUGGAUUUUGGACUGCCUUAUGAGAAUUAAUACUGAGCCAAGUUGGGUGUUUAGCAAGUAUAUAGGUAACAGGGUGAUUGUUGUAGCUUAUGAAGACAAUGUGAAUCAUGUUCUUAUUACUGAGAAAAGAGUUGAGGGCAGCAGGAAGGUCUUGAUUCCAGUAGGAAAUCAAUUCCAGUUGCUAACAAACUUUACAAAAAAGCUUAAAUUUUUCUUUCGUAGCGCAUUGGAGAACUCAGCUUUUGCCUCACUCAGAAAGGAUUCUGGCAACACUUCCGAGAGAAUACCAGAUAGGGUAAGGCUAAGUACUGGAAACUUUGAAAGUAGAGACUGUGGAGAAUGGUUUCCAAUCCAAGAGACAUUUAGGCAAGCAAUUUCAGCCUCUAAACCCUCUCUGUGUUGGGAAAAUGAAUCACCUCAGAACUACAACUGCUUCGCAAGGGACUUGGAAUUGUUGGACAUAGAUCGAGGGGUAGGGCAGAUUGAAUUCUCUUGCUCCAUACUUUUGUUUGACUGGGACAUUUCAGGGUUUGGGUGUCAAGCACUCAGUAACGUAGUUGCUCCACUCAGUAAGGAAGCUGCUCCAAGCUUGCUGAUAGGGAGGGAAGAUGCAGGGUCAAUGUCAGGCGCGUUUGGUCCUCUUGGUUGUGGUGAACUUACAGUGGUCAGGUCGCUGUCUCCUGAAGCUGCCCCGUUUAUCCCCAUUUCCUAUAACUCAUUUGAGGUACUUGAUUCCAAUGAUGACAUAACCCUUGAAGAACCGGAGGAGACACGUAAAAUCAUCAACAUUGGGGACAUGAUUGAGAUGUUUAACUGCACAUCUUAUCAUCGGGUGAUGAAACUUAACGCACUUGAGGAUGCAGCCCCGGAAAAUGAUGAACCAGCACUCUACACCCACUCGGAAGGAGAAACCACGGUGUUUAUUGACUCCAAAGUUGAACCAAUUAGAAUAAACACCUCUAGAUGCUCUAAGGUGUCGAUGUUGCUUCCUAAAUUAGCUAAGGAACGGGACACCAUGGUUCUCCUAGCCUUCUACGCAGUUAGUUUGGAAGCUGUCAAGCGAUGGGUAGAACUCCCCAUCGCUGUUUGGCAUGGUUCUAGAAGUAGGUUUGGCUUAGGGACCGCUUACCCAUCGAUGGGAAAAUCUUCCCAUCGCUGGGUGGGUGGUUAGUCAAGAACCCAUGGUUUUUGCCUUAACCACGGCCUAGCCAACCGAUGCGAAACUCGACCGAAAAAUUCAAAGUUCUCCAAAAUAAAAACCAAGUGUUUAAAACACUUAUUUGAUGUAUUUGGAUAAGAAAUCACGUAAGACACU